UAACGAGGGAGAUGUGGCGAGUUCGCCCCCUCUAAGGGAAAGGCAAAACCUUCCAGCAGGGAUUCAUCUCCUCGCAGGCGGAGACCCCGUAUGAAAAUGGUGGAUGCCUUUGGAAACGAAAUUCCAAGCUCACCUGAGAUGCUACCUGCUCUUCGGGAAGAGGAUAAUUCGCCUGCCACCGAGGAGGAAAUACAACUUUUGAGGUCAAUUGCCAGGCAAAUCCCUCUCAUUGCUAAAGAGUUCAACGAUGAAAGCAUGUCCAUGACUGCCCCGGAACCACUGAGAUCGCUCCAAGAAAUACUUGAGGAGAAGGAUCGUACUAUUGAUCUUAAAGAAGCUUCCAAACUGGCCCGGGCGGAGCGUGCGAGGCUUCAUCGCCAGUUGCAACUCCUUCGAAAUGGAGAGGAGUCACUUUCUCAAGAAAUUGGGCGGCUUGAAGGCGUAGUGAGGGCGGCAACGCCUCCGCCUGACCUCGAGACCGUUCAGACUAACCGCCGAUGGGGAAAGUGGUUUGUAAUGAUCUUGAUGACUCAAACAGUUGCCAUCAUUAUCUUCGUAAAGAUGGUAUCUCUACGCGCAAGAUACAUGUUCCUUACAACAUACUAUGACCCGCACUUUCCAGCCCUCUAUGAACCUCUCAUACCUACGGGUUGGGACAUAUCCAGUACAUUUGGCCCACACAGUUUGUCCCUUGUGGAUGGGGCAGCCCAUUCUUCGGUCUUGGAUACUUUCUUGCAUCUCGCAUCGGAAAUCUUUUAUUCCAUCUUAGCGUUUUUCUUUGGAAUGAAGACGUUGGAUUUUACGUUACCCCCACCCCAACGGUUACCAUCCUGAAUAAUCUCUGAAAUUCCGGAUCUUCGCCGAUCCCUUAAUUUAUGAUAUUAUUGGGUAUUCCAUUGAUUUUGGUCAUUUUCUUCUUGGAGUCUGUCGUAUAGGAAAUAAUUUUUGUCCGUUACUACAUAACCUUAACACCAAUGUAUCAAUGUUGGCUUUGGAAAAA